AAAUCUGAUUUUCAGUGAAGAGACGGCGAGCGAACGGUUGUGCGCUGCUUGGCCGCUGUAGCUUCGGCGUCUCGGCACGGACCCGCGGUAGGAGAGGCAGUCUCUUCUCUCGCCCCAUCUUCUCGUGAGAUUUUUUUGAUCUUCAGCUACACUUUGUGAGAGACCUUGUAAUCAAAGGAGAUGGCUAGCAAUGUUACCAACAAAACAGACCCUCGAUCCAUGAAUUCCCGUGUAUUCAUUGGGAAUCUCAAUACACUUGUGGUCAAGAAGUCUGAUGUGGAGGCAAUCUUUUCAAAGUAUGGCAAAAUUGUGGGUUGCUCUGUGCAUAAGGGCUUUGCCUUCGUCCAAUAUGUUAAUGAAAGAAAUGCCCGAGCUGCUGUAGCUGGAGAGGAUGGCAGAAUGAUUGCUGGCCAGGUUUUAGAUAUUAAUCUGGCUGCAGAGCCAAAAGUGAACCGAGGAAAAGCAGGUGUGAAACGAUCUGCAGCGGAGAUGUACGGUUCCUCAUUUGAUUUGGACUAUGACUUUCAACGGGAUUAUUAUGACAGGAUGUACAGUUACCCAGCACGUGUUCCUCCUCCUCCUCCUAUUGCCCGAGCUGUGGUGCCUUCUAAACGCCAGCGCGUUUCUGGAAACACCUCUCGAAGGGGGAAAAGUGGAUUCAAUUCGAAGAGUGGACAACGGGGAUCUUCAUCGAAGUCUGGAAAGUUGAAAGGUGAUGACCUUCAGGCCAUCAAGAAGGAGCUGACUCAGAUAAAGCAAAAAGUGGAUUCUCUGCUGGAAAGCCUGGAAAAAACUGAAAAGGAACAAAGCAAGCAAGCAGUAGAGAUGAAGAAUGAAAAGUCAGAAGAAGAGCAGAGCAGUGCCUCUGUGAAAAAAGAUGAGACUAAUGUGAAGAUGGAGUCUGAGGCCGGUGCAGAUGACUCUGCUGAGGAGGGUGACCUGCUGGACGAUGAUGACAAUGAAGAUCGGGGGGAUGACCAGCUGGAGUUGAUCAAGGAUGAUGAAAAAGAGGCUGAGGAAGGAGAGGAUGACAGAGACAGCGCCAAUGGAGAGGAUGACUCUUAAGCACAUAGUGGAUUUAGAAAUCUUAUCCCAUUAUUCAUUUACCUAGGCGCUUGUGAGAGAUCAGAGUAACAGCAGAUCCUCUCCCCUAGAACUUCAGCACAUUCUCACUGUUCACCCUCUCCUUAUCCUUCCUGUUUCAUUGAUUCAUAAUUGCCCUGCGCCUAGUUCCAUUUUCACUUCCUUUGAUGCUCCUUAGUAGUUUUGUUAAGUCUUACCUUGUAAGUUUUGCUUUUAAUUUUGAUACCUCUUUGACUUAACAAUAAAAAGAUGUAUGGUUUUUAUCAA